AUGAAACAAGUUAAGUCUGGAUCGGGAGCAGUGAAGUCGUCAUAUUUAUAUUAUAGAAGGUUGCAAUUUCUACAGCCAACAAUAAAAAAAAAUUCUACCGAGAGCAAUUUUGAAACUGCAGAUGUUGACGGUGAUACAAAUUUAGAAUCAUCGACUGAAAAUUCGAUCGAGGAAAAUAGUUCCAGAGUUUCAAAUGAAGAAGGUACUUUCAAAAGUCCUCUUCAGCAACGAAAAAAAAUAAAACUUCAUCCUGCUGAUGAGCACUUUGCCAACAUCAUAGAAAAAAGUUUAAAUCACAAGAAUACUGUAGAAAAAAAAGAAGAUGAUGAAGAUAAAUUAUUUUGUUUAUCUUUAUAUAAAGAAAUUAAAAAAGUACCAGAUGCAAUGCGUUUAAAAACUAAAAUCGAAAUUUAUAACCUACUUUUAAGAAAUCAAUCAAUACAAACUAAUUAUCAACCUUCAAGUACAGAUAUCUCUAAAUCCAACCAUGUAUCCACAUCGUACAGCCAACAAAAUAUGCAAGGAUAUGCAUACCCACAAUAUGAUCGUCCAAAUUAUACAACUAUUCCAUACGAUACGCUUCGUCAAAAUCAAAUUUACACUCAAUUUAACCAAAAUAUGGAACCUCUACAAACUCCUUCACCUUUAUCUCCUAAUAGUGAGAUUUCUCAAGAGUCGUCAGAUCUUGAUUUAUUUGGAUAA